AUGAAGAUAUGGUGGGACACAUCCGCAUUCCAGUCCGGCGAUGACAGAAAUAUUUCUUCACUUCUUAUCUGUGUAUCCCAUAUUGUUCCACUGGAGUUUUCAAAGUGGGGCCUCGAGGACUAUGCCGUGGAGAUUGGUGGAUUUGAGUGUUUGCAUUUUCAGGAGGUGGAUAGUAUCAUUAGGGAUGGCGAUGAAGUUGUGAUACGACCACUCUCAUCGCAUGAGAUCAAACAGCGACGACUCUCGGGUAGACGUCAAAUUAGCACGUCAGGCCGGAAACUAAUCGACGGCACUCCUUUUGGUCGCACCUUUCUUCGGCCAGCGCCGGAUCGACCAGCCCUAACAGCUCGGCCGGCCAAAAGGAGAAGAACUGAAGAUGAUUCAAUUGCAGCUGAACUUGAGCCCGAAGACAAUGAGAGCUAUACUGAGGAAGACGAGGAAACGGAAAUGGAGUAUUCGAAUUCAGAAAAUGACGACGAGGCCGUGAAGGAACGACAAAUUAUUCCAGCGAGGAGGAGUCUGAUACAAAAUAGGAAGUAUCCGGAUGAAAACUCUGCAAAUAUGGAGCAAUAUCAUAACCCUUUGAUGGAUCUCUAUUGUAAAGAAACAAUCAACCCCGGGACAGAACUUAACAAGGAAGAGGAAUUGAAGAGAACUAGAGAGGGAAGGAGCCCAAAUUUUGAGGAAGAGAAAGGAAGCCCAACAAACGCGAAAAAAUUAUCCGCUGCAGAAAUCUUAACUGCCGAUGUUGACUCUUCUGACUCAUCCGAUGAUGAUUACGAUCCUAGAGAAUCUUCAGAUUCAUCGUCAGACGGGGAUGAUGAACACGAGGAUGAUCAGGACGAAGAUGAGGACGUAGAUGGGGACGAAAGCAGAAUGGAAAGGGCCAUGCCCAUAGCGAAAAAGCCUACAACCCAAGAAUUCAAAAUUUCCGAUAUAAUAGCCCCCUCAGAAGAUGAAUCGUCAGAUAGUGAUUUCGACCCACAGGCGGUUACUGCCGAAGUUCAAAGCUCAGACGAGGCAUACAGCAGCCCGGAGCCGUCGGAGGAGGAGGAGGAGGAGGAGGAGGAGGAUGGGGCAGAUCUCCAACCCAGAAAAGAAGUACCAAAAUUACAAAGACAGGGGUCCUGUGUUCAUUCCUCUAGUUCGUCUAGUUCGUCUAGUUCGUCCAGCUCCCCUGAACCACGGAAAAAAGUAGCCUCGCAUCGAUCGUCGAGCUCGCCUAGUUCAUCUAGUUCAUCUAGUUCAUCUAGUUCAUCUAGUUCAUCUAGUUCAUCUAGUUCAUCUAGUUCAUCUAGUUCAUCUAGCUCCCCAGAGCCGCCGCAGAAGCUGCCAUGUCGCCCUAAAGGACCUCCCGUGGCAUCAGGGACCCUCCCAAACGAAGGCAAGAAAUCUACGAAGUUAAGAAACCAACGUAAAAAGAUGCAUAAGUUAAAAGAGAAGGGUAUGAUCCCAGUGGAUAUGGGUAAUGAGGGGUAUUUAGCCCGGGUUUCCGAAAAAUCAGCCGUUGAAGCAAAGCAAGUUAUGUCUGAAAGAGAUACUGAAAAAUUGACUCGCAAUGAGGUCUCUAACGGUGCCAAACGCCGCAAGCGAUAUAGAAAAAUAUACAACAAAGCAAGAAAGGCUGAAACCACUGAUCUGAACUUUGAGGAAUGGUACAAUGAAAGGGAAAAGAGGCGCCUCAUGGAAUUACAAAAGGGAACGGACAAUGGGAAGGACAUCGAUGGUGACACUACGAUGGAUCCUACAGACGACAUACCAGUCGAGGAAUCUUCUAAAGAAAGGCACAUCCCUGGCCGGCCUAGUGUAAAUAUCUCUGCUGCUCGGCGCAUGCUCCAUCACGAUCUUACUAUCACAAAAAGCCAAGCUGUAGAGAAGGAAAACAUGCGAAAGGAGUGGGUAGCUACACAUAAAGGCGACACAACCAACAAAAGGAAAGGCUUUGCAAGAGAACAGUUUGGGAAAAAGCCAAAAAAAAUCAUUUAUGAUGGAGAUGGGAACCCCAUUUCAGCUUCUAUAGAUACCGAAGAAAUCGUGCAGGAGGAAGAAGAUCCAGAUGCGUGGAGGAAAAGGCUAGCACUCACUGCAGUAGAAUGUGAGUGGGACAAUGUGGUACUCCCUGAACCGAGUUAUCCUUUCAAGCAGCCUCGGUUCCCUCUUGGUGAUGUUGUGGCAGGGCAGAAGAGAAAAAGAGGUGGUGGGAAGAAAAAGAAACAACAGGAUGAAUACGGGGCGCAAAAUGGCUAUGGGCAAAGCGACGGUUACUAUCAGCAGCAGCAGGAUUACGAUGAUUGGAACAAUCAUGACUACUACGAUGACACAACCUACCCAGCCAAAGAUAUAACUAUGGAGGGUCCGGUUUUCGUAGACGACCUCCCACCUCUCCCAGCGGAUUUAUCCACUCUUCAUCCACUCUCAAAGCCGGUUCUCCCAGGAACGGUGCUUGCCUUUAAACAGUUCACAAUGGAUAAAAACUACACGCCAAUAAUCGCUGACUACAAAACUGCCAUUGUUGAAGAUGUCAUUGACGAACCAGAUGGCCCGUUGCUUGUGAUGAGACUAGCAAUCAGAGAUCGUAUGGAGAGAGAGGUGGAUAAAACGACCGGCGAGAAGGUCUUGAGGAAGUUCGAGAUGCCUGGGGAUACCAGAUCCGAUGAGGGGAAGGAGGAGUUGAUGUGGGGGGAGCUUAUCCAGCCAUUGUUGGUGAAGUUGCCCGAAGGUGCAAAGGCAAAUUCUAAUGAUGAAACAAACCAAAAAGUAGACGGAAAGGGCGCGAACGGAGAUGGGGACAAUGCUUCUCUGGAUCGUGCGGACGGAGCUGCAGAUGGAGACGACAAUGGAACGGAGGAAGCAAUGGAUGAUGCCCCAAACGGAGAACCAGAUGAAGCGGAAAGGGGUGGUGAAGAACCCACCUCUGGACAAGGUGAUGUCCAGAAUGACGAAGAGCCAACCUCUGGGCAAGUAACUUACCAAACCGCCACCGAAGCGGCAGGUAAAACUAGCCCCACUCUUUCCGAGAGAAUCGCAGCAACUCUAGAAGCGGAAGAAGAAGCAGCUCUUUUAGAGGAACUUGCCGCAGACAUGGCAGUGGUCACAGAUGAACAUGCAGCUUCCCAAGAGGCGGUGGAUACACAGCUGCCAGAUGCGCAGGUCACAAACUCUCCGAAAUACUCCUACUCCUUUCGUGAACUCAACACGCCUGAGCCAGAAGCACAGGUAGUCGACACUACAGCAGCAGCACCUGACACUCCUCCGUCCUUGGAGGCCCAUAGCGCGCAGCAAUCUGUCUACGAUUCCGACGACUCUGACUGUCUUCCAAGUCUCGAACAUAUGCUUUCCCACUCACAGCGAGCAUCAGUCAAGAUUGAAGCCUCAACUCAAGAUGAACCGCAACUCCUACCAUUGCCUGUGUUCUCACCGUUCGGAAUGAAAACAAGUUCGCGGGAGGAGAAGUCAUUGGAUGAACGGCAGAUUCAGCACGAGGUUGAGGGUGCCAAGGGAGUGGGCAAUGGUCUAAAGAAGAUUACUGUCAAGAGUGGAGUUACUCAAAGUCAGGUACAGGUUAUCGAUCUAACAGCCACUAGCAGUGAUGCAGAGGAGAUUCAGAGAAAGAAGAGAAAUAGGAGAGGGGAAAAAAAUACUGGGAAUGAUGCGUGGAGGGCUGUCAGGAGCUAG